GUGUAGUUCAUUGCAUUAACUAUGAAAAUGAUCUACUAAUAAAGUCUUCAUUUUGCACAGUGUAGCCUAUCAGAUCAUAUUAAUCCAAUAUAUAUUUAUAUAUAUAAUUCAAAGACAUCCAUGCAUUUUUAAAUGCUGCUUAAAACAUUUUGGGGCCACUGUGUCAAGGUUGCAUUGUUGCAUACAGUUCAUUAGCUGAUCCAGAAGGAAAUCCUCACUUCUUGCAACAGGGCACUUCAGUCUGUGCCGGUCUGAUGAUGUACAUAUGGCUGGUUUUCUUCUUUUAUAGUAUCAUAAAAGACUGUCAAAGUGUUUCUCUUCUGCACGGGAGAGAUUUGAGCACGGAGUUCCUGUGCAACACUUCUAUGAGCAUGCACAUGCCUGCCAGCGUGUGUGGGUGUUUGGGUAAUCCCAGCUCUCUCUCUGUUGUCCCGGUGAAUUGGAGGCAUGCCAUAGCUGGAUGUGAUUUGACUGGUUUCAGUAAGGGAAAUCUCUCCUGCGUGAGUGGGCAGACCAUGGGCAUAAAAGAGGCCAGGACAACUGGAAGAUGUUCAUUCAGCAUCUUGCUCACUCAGUCAAUCAGGAUGACAGCAACAGCUUUCAUCUGUGAUAUGGAGGACUCAGUAGGAGCUCGGAAGAUUUCGGAGGACAGCCACAAGCUCAAGAUUCAGGUACCUGCCAACACUCGGCUCAAGGUCCUUGUUGCUGUGCUGAUGCUCCUGGUAGUGGGGCUUUCUGGAUGCAUUAUAUGGAUCAAUGUGUCUCGCCAGACUUGUGCACAGGAGUUGAAUUUAUUACCUGAACUUCCACAAGAUUGCCCACACAGAUUCAGCACAACUGCCAGCUUCAUAGGAAUAAAGGCAAAUUUCACUGCGCCCAGAAAUGGGACAUAUUUGAUCCAUGGAACAAUCUUUAAGAAGGAAAGGAAGGCGAAAGGCAUCUGCCAGGAAAUAUUGCUCCUGGUUGCUAAAGAGAAAGUCAUCACCACAGAAAGCUUCUGUGAAGACAAGGUGCAGUUUGUGGCCAAAGCCGAGCUUGAGAAAGAUGCUGGAUUGAGCCUAAAGCUGAACUCGUCCUCGCCAGUGCAGUAUGCACGUGAUGAGCUCCGGCCCUCUAUUGGAGUACAUGGCUUUAUCACGGUUGGCGGUUCUGAUGAUGGGGAUGAUGCCGUGUCCGUCACAACAUCAGAUAUGGGUGAGUGGUCCAUGGAGGAUGUUGCCGCCCCUUCCCCCUGGGAGGGUGAGGAGCGUGCACACGCCACUGACAAAGAGUUGCUUCGCUUCCUCACACGGGAGCCUGGAUGA